AUGUUGUGCCCAGAGGAACUGGCUGCCCUGGCAGACGAGGACCUGCUUGACUUCUUCCUGAAGGAUGAUGCUGCCCUGAAAUCAGGGGAGAACAGUCUGCUGAAAGACUGGGGCUUGCCAGAGCCUGAGCUUCUGAAAAAGGAAAUGGACAACUUCAUCAGCUCCUUGCUGAGCCCCUUUGAAGAUGAACCAGGCAUGCUGCAGGGUUAUUCACCUUUUGACAGCGACAGUAGCAUUUCUGAGGAUCAGAAUCUGUCCCAUAGCCCUGGCAGUGACUUUGCCGGCAGCCCUCGGAGUUCAGACAUUGCGCAGUUUGAUCACAACUGUUCCCUCCAUUGGGAUUGGUCUGUGCUUGAAAGUGUGAGGUCUGAAAUGGCAUAAGGAGAUGUUUCCAUUGACCUUAAGACAUGGACAGGUUUGGAAGGCACAAGUGAGGUGCUGGAACAGAGCUCUAGUUUCUCUAUUACUGUUGCUGUGGAUGCCAGACCCCAGCUUGUGCCCAGAGCCACUGUGCAGUCUGACUUCCCAGAGCUGGUUCUGACAGAGGAGGAGAGGCAGCUUCUGGAAGAAAAAGGUGUUUCGUUACCAACCUGUCUGCCACUGACCAAAGCUGAAGAGCGGCUUCUGAAGAAAGUGCAUUGGAAGAUCUGGAACAAGCAGUCAGCCCAGGAUAGUGGUUGCAGGAAGAAGAUCUACAUGGACAGCUUGGAAAACAGGGUGGCAGCCUGCACAGUUCAGAACCAUGAGCUGCAGAAGAAGGUGCAGCUGCUGCAGAAGCAGAACAUGUCACUGCUUGAGCAACCAAGUAAACUGCAGGUCUUAGUGAGACAGUCCACCACCAGAACUGCCACAGCAAGCAUCUACAUCAUGGUCCUGGUUCUGUACUUCUGCCUCAUUCUCUCCUCCAGCAUCUGCUCAUUUCGGAGCAGAGUGCCACACCCAGAGCUCAGAGUGCUGUCACAGCAGAUACGUGAGUUCCCAAACCAGGUUAGGCAGGCAGCACCUGAUGUUCAGGAGGAAGCUGCGCUGGAGAGGCUCAGCCCAGAGCCUGAGGACCCUUCAUUGUUGGGCAGCCUCAAUCAGUCUGGGAAGCCCAGUCCUAGAUCUGCUUUCAACAACAACUUAUCCUCCAACCCUCUGGCAGCAGCAGGCUCUGGACAAGGCUCUCCCCAGCCUCAGGAGCAGCGCUCCCAGAAUGACCCUUUGCACAUGGCAGUGCCGGCAAUGUGGAAAGCCGAGCAGGAGUGGGUGGAAUGCACUGCCAGUAUUGUCAUCCAGAAGCACUAUGCCAAUGAGAUGUGA